AGGGGGCGGGGGAGUGUUAGUUUUGCUGGAUGCGGUCCUUCGCCCCACUUUUGGCCGGGAGGUGGCCACCUUUAGGGCAUCGGGACCACCGGCUUUCACCAUGCCUCCCUUCUCCCAGCUCUGGGAAUGUCUUGUGGGAAGAAGGAUUGAGUCCACGGGGUUGAGCAUCCCCUCCAAAACGAGCAUCACCAGCCCUGUGGCACAUACUGCACUGGCUUGAAACCCUGGGGACCAGCUCCCCAACUCCGUGUUGCUUUUGGCCUCUCACACCCUGCACAGAUCUUGCGGUGGGGGGAGAUGACAUCAUAUUUCAUAACCCCCUCCUUAGCAGUUUAAGCCCACUCAUGUUUGUGAUGUCCUGUGGCUGCUGCUUUGAUGGACUGCUUUGCUUUUGUUCUUGCUGAACAUCACUCUACUUACCUCGUGGACCAUUCUGCCAAAGCACCCCUAAAACCAGCUCUGAUUUUCCCUUAUUGCAACCCUGUCUGGCUGUUGAGGCAGCACCACUCCAUAUACUGCACAGGUUUUUGGGGAGGGUUUCUGGCAGGUGCUGGGGCAGGCAGGUCCCCGUGUCAUGGACUGUGCAGGGUGACAAGGCACUGUCAGUGGGCAAAGUUUGAGCAAUAACAGCAAGACCAGCUUUUCUUCAGAGGGCUACUUUCUAGAAAAAACUGGAUGUGGGGUUGGGCUGUUGACAAGUGCCGGGACACCCCUAUCCACAGGGAUACUGCUCUGCAUCCUGCAGAGAGAAGGUGGACAUAAGUUGGGGUGUUGGGCUCAGAGCCUUUUCUAGCACCUCCCUACCUGUGAUGGGUGCCAGGGUCUGCCUGCCAGGGUCAGUCCUGCAACUGUGAGAGGACACCCCAGAGCACGGUGGGGUGAAGGAUCCUGAUUCACACCUUGGCUCUGAUCCCCAUUCCCAUCCAGUGUGGCCAUCACUGCCAGCUCUGUGCCCUGGGGGUCUCCACUGGACAGGGCUGGCAGCUGCCAGUGACUGGUUGCCAGCACUGUUGGGUGCUAUCUGCACUCCUUCUGGGGGUCCUGCUGCAGGCCCCCAGCCACCAAGGUCCCCCCAGGGACUAUGCAGCAGCUCUGGCCUGUCCCGAGGUCCUCAGGGCUUUGUGAUCCCCAGUGCCUGUCCCUUGUGGUUGCUUUGCCAUGUCCUAGCAGCUUCCCUGAAUGAAGGGACAGGCAGGGCAGGGAUCAGGGCAGGAACUGGGGUGCAUGGCUGUGCUGUGGCCUGAGCCCUGGUGUUGCAGGGCUGGGAAAGGCCGCAUGGUUUGACUUGUCUGGGACCCUCUGGUGACUCUCCCAGCUGGCUUCCUGGCAGGGCUCUGGCCCAGCUCCAGGUGUCAUGUGGGAGAUAAGGGGACCCUGACUUCCAGCAGUCCAGUGUCCCAGGAGGCCUCACCAUCAGGAGGAGGGGAGAGGAUCUGUGCCGCUGGCUGUAAGCCAGACCUCCCUGGAUGGGGCAGGGAACUUACUUGGGGGCUGGGAUGUCCUGCUCAGCUUGGCUUGGCUCCGUGUCUGCUGUGCAGCUGCUGACCCGCAGGGUGCCUCGAGGAGGGCCCCUGCCGGCGUGACUCUCAUUGCCAUCCCGCUUUGGUGCUGCUGCUGGGGUGUAGCUCUGUGGGGAGGGAGCAGGAUGGGGAACAGGGAAGUGAAGUGCCUCAGAAAGGAGUGGCUGGUGGGGACACCUAUGGUGCCCUUUGGACAUCCCAGGGUGGCCAUGUUUCUGGAGAGUGUAUACUUUGUCAAGGAUCCAGCCUCCAUGGAGGCUCUUUGUGGCAUGUCUGGAAGUGUCUGCAUCAUCUCUCUGGGUGGGGAAAAAGGGGAGUGGGUCUGUCCUGUUCUGGUCUUUGCCUAGGAAAGCAAGAAGGGGACUUGCUAUGUGGGGCUGAGGAACUCUGUUAUCUUCAUGGCUGUGCCUUCAGAGCAGGGAUCCAGGAUCAGGACCGUGGCUGGAGCCGCCCCCCUGCCCCACCAAGCGCACAUGUCCGCCUGCCCGUGCCCAGAAGAUGACCAGGCUGCUCUUGGGGGUGACCCUGGAAAGGAUUUGCAAGGCCGUGCUGCUGCUCUGCCUGCUCCACUUCGUUAUCAUCAUGAUCCUCUAUUUUGACGUCUACGCGCAGCACCUGGACUUCUUCAGCCGUUUCAACGCCAGGAACGCCUCGCGCACCCACCCCUUCUCCAACUCGUCCCGCCCCAACGGCACCGUUCCCAGCUACGGGCCAGCUGGUGCUGAGGCCCCAUCCCCCAGCACCAAGCCCAGCACCAACCAGUCUGCCACCGAGAAGCCCUUGCAGCCCUGCCAGGAGAUACCUCCUGGCUUAGUUGGGCGCCUGCUCAUCGAGUUCAGCUCUCCCAUGAGCAUGGAGCGAGUGCAGAGGGAGAACCCUGAUGUGCGCCAGGGCGGCAAGUACACCCCCCCCGACUGCCUACCCCGGCAGAAAGUGGCCAUCCUCAUCCCCUUCCGGCACCGUGAGCACCACCUCAAGUACUGGCUGCACUACCUGCACCCCAUCCUGCGCCGACAGAAGGUGGCUUAUGGUAUCUACAUCAUCAACCAGUUCGGUGAAGACACCUUCAACCGGGCCAAACUGCUCAACGUGGGAUUCAUGGAGGCACUCAAGGACGACGAGGAGUAUGACUGCUUCAUUUUCAGCGAUGUGGACCUCAUCCCCAUGGACGAUCGCAACCUCUAUCGCUGCUAUGAGCAGCCACGGCACUUUGCUGUUGGCAUGGACAAGUUUGGAUUCAGGCUUCCCUAUGCCGGCUACUUUGGUGGUGUCUCUGGGCUGAGCAAGUCCCAGUUCCUGAAGAUCAAUGGCUUUCCCAAUGAGUACUGGGGCUGGGGAGGAGAGGACGAUGACAUCUUUAAUCGCAUCUCCCUGAAUGGCAUGAAGGUGUCGAGGCCCGACAUCCGCAUUGGGAGGUACCGCAUGAUUAAGCAUGAACGCGACAAACACAACGAGCCUAACCCGCAGAGAUUCACCAAGAUCCAGAACACCAAAAUGACGAUGAAACGGGAUGGGAUCAGCUCGCUGCAGUACCGGCUGGUGGAGAUCUCCCGUCAGCCCAUGUACACCAACAUCACGGUGGAGAUCGGCAGGCCACCGCCCCGCCUGGCCCGCGGCUAGUGCUCCUUUAACCGGGAACCCCUGUGCCUAGGCUGGCUGGGCAUAGCAGGUUUUGCCCCAGCUCAAGAGCCAGGACUGGACAGGGAUGUUUUCUGCCUACUCUGCUGCCUUCUGGAGACGGCUGCCCCCCAGCCGGCCCUUUGGUCCCCAGGAUUUCUCCGUCUCCCCCAUCCCCACGAGUGCGUUUGCAGGACCCCUGCCCCAUACGUGGUGUGUUGGUGGAUAAGCCCAGCUGCCCUGCUAGCAGCUCCUGGCACAGAGGGAGGGGGCAACCCCAGGCUUGGCAAGAAGCCCCCAGUCCAUGCUAGCUCCUGCCUGCACCCUGGGUGGGGAGGGUGAAAUCCCGCUGCUCUGUGAGAGCUGGAGGGUCCCCACCAGCGCUGUGAGAAGUGGGGUGCAGGCUUCCCCCUUUACUAGCGCUGGAGCCACUGCUGCCCCAGCUGGGGAUGGGAACAGCCUGGGGCCCCCAGGCAGGCGGGAUCAGGGCAAGGUUGCUGCCCUGGCCAGGCACUGCCCAUGCUGCUGGGCACACAGACGUGGCUUGCUGUCUUCCUCUGCUUUAGUCUGGUGCUUAGAGCCGGGCCCUGUCUCAGCUCUGCCAAACAGAGACCUCUGAUUAGCGAACGCCCCUCGCUGUGCCUCAGUAUCCCCAGGGCUGGGGGGAUGGCAGCUGUAUCCCAUCCCCCUUCCCCAAAGGCAGGUGCUGUGUGUGAGUGCAGCCCCUGCCUGCGCCUGCCCUCACCUGCCCUCCCCACUUUGGUGGGGGAAAUAGGGCUCAUUUGAACCCCCCAGCCCCUCUUGGUGGGGGCUAGUGCAGCCCCCCUCUUGCAGGGAGGGAAUCUUCCCCUUGAGGUCUCCUCUUGUCUGCCUUCCCCCUUCCAGGCCAGGGGCAGGGGGUCUGCGGGCAGGAGAGGCUGGGCCCAUGCAGGGUGGGAGCCCUGUGCCCCUCCAUGGGACUGGGAGCCCCAGCACCCCUGAUGCUCCAUGGGGGGCUGGGAGCAGUGGGGUUGGGAGCAGGGCAGCUCGCCAGGGCUGGGGGGCACUGGCGACUUUUGUACAUUUGAAUGUCUGACCCUUUUUUCAGCGUACGUUGAAUGCAGCGUUCGGUCGUAGAGACCGAGGGUUUUGUAUUUAAUAAAAGUUUGAAAAGUUGG